AUGUCGGUGCUUGUGCGCACGCAGCCCAAGGCGGCGGUGUACGUGGCGGCGACGCGGCAGCACGUGGGCAAGACCAGCACGUGCCUGGGCCUGCUGCAGGGCCUCACCGUUCGCCUGGACCGCAUCGGCUUCCUCAAGCCCGUGGGACAGGAGAGCGUCGCCGUCGAGGGCGGCUCCUUGCGGGUGGACAAAGAUGUCGCGGUGGCGAAAGAGGUGUUCAAGCUGGACACGUGCAACUACGCGGACAUGUCCCCCGUGGUGAUCAUGCCCGGGUACACCAAGCGCUUCCUGGACGGACACAUCACGGUGGAGAGCCAAUUGGACAAGAUCCGCCGGAGCUUCGACAAGAUCACGGCGGCCAAUGAGUUCACUGUGGUGGAAGGCACAGGACACACUGGCGUGGGCUCCAUUGUGCAAUGCAACAACGCUAGGAUAGCUGCCGAGCUGGGUGUGGAUAUGGUGCUGGUGGCCAAUGGAGGGCUGGGCUCGGCGUUCGACGAUCUGGCACUCAACUACGCCAUGUGCAAGGCGCACGGCGUGAAGAUCCGCGGCGUUAUUUUGAACAAGGUGCUGGAGGACAGGACCGAUAUGCUGCGCGAGUACUUCCCCAAGGCGAUGAAGCACUGGGGAGGCGACGUGCCGCUCAUUGGCGUCGUGCCCAACUUGCCGGCGCUCUCGAACCCGAGCAUGCUGGACUUUGAAGGGCUGUUCAGGACGACGAUGCUGACGGACCGAUCGAAGCGCUUCCAGCAGUACAACAAGACCACGCUCGUGACGGCAGGACUGCGUCGGUUUUUAGCGAAGCUGACUGCUCCCGAGUUCGAGAACACGCUGUUCGUGACGCAUGUGUCCCGCAAUGAUAUUAUCCUGGGGUUCCUCUCUCACGCGCAGAACUUCGAGCUCACAAUGAAGAGGCCGUACGGCGGUGGACUCAUACUCACAGGAUCGCCCUCCGGUGACCAGCCGCAGGACUACAUUAUAAACAUCAUCAAGAACGCGACAGCUCCCGUGCUCUACGUGCCCAUGACCACCUUCGCGGCCAUGGAGAAGAUCACACACUUCACUGCCAAGUUUAAUCCGACCGACGAACAGAAGGUGCGCGCGUGCGGGAAGCACUACGCCCACCACAUCGACUUUGACGCGAUUAUCUCCAGAUAG